AUAGAUGAAUUACCAGUUUUCUUAGGUAUGGGGCUACGCGCGCGCUUGGAGCUCCGGUAUAAUUCACAAGUGCAGCUAUUGUUUUAGAUUUAAAAACAAUGGGCACGCUAACACAUGUAAAAGUUUUAUUAAAUUGACCCGAGCUCUUAAAACCCUUGCCGUGAGUCAGUCUUCCCUUCCCUGUGUUGGAGGGCGAAUCUCCUGCUUAACAUCCUAGUAGCGUACAAUUUCUAUCAUAAAACUCAAAACAACAAAAAGGAGCGGAGUUUACAAAAACGAAUUUUGUGGGUGCACUAAUGAUACAAGUCACUUUUCUUCCCCCAAAUUAAGGUGGCUUGUACCAGUUUUCCUCUCUUUUGACGCUUUUAAGGAUUGGGCAAAAAAGCAAGCCAAAGCCAAAGCAGCACUUUUGUAGAGUUUGAUUAUACAAUUUGUGCUUGGGUUAAAACAACUGUUUUGGGGGCAUUAGAAGUUACCAUGGCAACGUAUCUUAAGGAUUAUUUAGACCUACAUUUUUAGCUUCCAGCACUGAUAACUAGAUACUGAUUAAACAGGUGUCCACUACCCGGUUUUUCAUUUUUUUUCUCUGACGUUUCCUUACAACUCUUUCAAAACAUUAAAGCAAUAAAAAACAGGGGUCAUCGGAGUUGUAUUUUGGUACAAUGCUUCGAAAUUUCACACCACGUGCGUUUUCGUUCUUGUAAAAUCUGAACUCUAUAAGGACAAGGUUUACUCAUGCGCUGUUCUGACUACCGCUGUUGCGUAUUCUAUUGGGGGCAUCUACUGAUUUUGCUUACAGUCUUUGCAGAGGAGAAACAAUUACGUGCGCGUCCAAUUUACGCGUUGCAUGUAUUGUCUUUCCCGUUAAGUAAAACGUUUGGCUGACUUAAAAUGCCGCCUUCUGGACACACUUUUCAACAUGACGAGACAAACCGAACUGGCAUAAAACAAAACCAUAGAGGAUAAUGUGUAGUUAAUCAUUUUAGUAGUCUAGUUUAUUGUUUUUGUAGUUGUGCUUUGGGUCGUUGCUCUUCCGAUCCCUGUCAAGAUCGACCGCAGUCCACAAGCAAGUAUUCCCUUUAAAACCUACUUAUAAAGCGUAGGAAUUAUUGUUUUCUUGAAAAUAUGAAGUUUGAUAAGCAUUUUACAGUGUAUGUAGAGUCAAAAAACAUGAAUUCGACUUAGAACAGGCCAAACAAAAGUAACCUUACCUAAAAGUAAACUGUUGUUUAUCUCACGCGUAUAAAGUCGAGUGGAAUGCGCGCGCGCGAUUGAUUCCGUACGCUAGAAAACUAGUACGAUCCACCGUAAUUUAUGGGGACUUCCAAGAUUGGAACAAACGAUUUUGCGAAUUAAUCCAGCAAAAUUGGUUAUUAAAUUAAUUUUGCAAUGGAAAUCUUCCAGGUGGGUAUGAAUGUGAUCCGUGCGCUGAAGAGAUUAAAGUUCUUAGCAGCAAAGAUCGAGCCGCUGGCUUCCAGACUCUGACAAACAAAUCGGACGAACUAAAAAAGUGGAAAAGGACCUGGUACCGAUUUACUGGUGAGGCUGGAGACAAGAUGGACACUGCGUGAGUACUUGCUCAGUUAGUUAUAUGAAGUCUCAUUCAUAGCGACCCACAGUAGGUACUCGUUUUCCCUGUAGAUUGUAAUUCAGAACUGAAACUACGAGGGCGUAGCCACCUGUACGCUGUGUAUGCACGUGCGUACCUGAUAAAGUCGAAGGCAUAAAAUAAAACUUAAUUAACAUAAUAAAAACGAUAGUACGGAAAGAAAGCCAAUAAUUAAAAAAGGAUAUUUUAAAAAAGAACAGUUUGCCUGGGCUGAUUGGCUUUAAUAAUGAUAACCGGCUGACCGGUUCUUCAGGCAACAAACCAAUGAAGGCCACAAAGAAUUUUACAGCUUAUUUGCGCUAUUUCAAAGUCAGUACUGAAAAAAGUUCUGACUUACGGCAUAACUCCUCUUGAUUUGCGACUUUAAGGGGGCCGGAUGAAGCGGCAGGGAGAUUUUGAAAAUUGUGCGAACCUCUGGAAAAAUUCCCUCUCAACCUCGGCUGAAACGUUUCGGGACACUUUCUAUCUUCAGUAGUUUUCGUGUGGGAUCUGUUAAUAGCGGAGCUCCACCCGCGCGCGAAGCGCGCGCGUGUGGACGGAGCUCCAUAGCUAAGGAAAUGUGGUAAUCUACCCAUCCGAGAAAAUUUGGUAAUCACGUGACCGUACGCCCGACCGUCCGUCCGCACCACAGGGAAAUCAAUGUUUUCUCUCACACUUUCUAGCUAGUUUGGGAGCCCAAUAGAAAACUAAUUGCACAUCAAUGUUGUGAUCAAUUGACAGCUGUCAAAACAGGAUAUCCGCUGACCAGUGUCACCUGACCGUACCGCGGGCUCAAGUGUCGACCCAUCGAGGUCGAGUACUUUUUUGAAGUUAUCCGCUGACAAAUUACCAGUUCCAAAUAAUCGCAGGCUCAAGUCUAUUUUUUCCAAUGAUUCAUAUGAAAUAUGUUGUGUUUAUGUCACUAUGGCCCCGCACUGUCAAGAUUUUGAUUUCAAACUGACCUCGGACGCGAAAAUUCAGCCAUUUUUUUAAAAAUAAAGGAGGGGAAGACCUUUUCUUACCAUGGUCACGCGUUGGUCACGCUAUACGUCCAAUUUUUGUACUCUGAUUCUUCGUUUUCACGGUCACGCAAUAAACACGGCAAAAAAAAAUACACUUGAAACCGUCCAGUAGAAGAAGCCAAGAAAAUGAAAUGUUAUAAAAGACUAAUAUAUAAACAAUUUGUCCAAAUCUCAGGUCUUUGUGGCCGACAGUUUCUGAGUUAGUUGCCGAAACAUUUCACGCACCUUUGUAGAGCUUUGUAUGGAGACGCCAUAUUGGUGGACAGAAACUGUCCACCAAUAUGGCCGCCGGAAAUCAACAAAAACAUCUGGAGUUCACUUUUUCUAUAAAAGCUCCUCCUUGUCACUCGAGAACUACCAUACUUGCGCAUAAACAUAUCUUCUAAUACUUGAAAUGGUUAAACUGCUGAAAAUCAAGCGGAGAGACUUUUUCCAAGGAGAUAGCAUUCCUAUUUUGGUGUCACGCACUGUGAAAACUCGGAAGUUCAAACUGCUGUGUUUUCGAAAUGAAACAUGCUUCGGGGCUGAAAACUUGUGCAAAGAUUUAUUUCCUAUUAAUCUUCAACCUAGUGUAAAUGAGAAUUCGUAAAACCUCGCUUUUUUGACUUUGCCAUCUGAUGACGUCACCGUGAAAACCAUCAAUUGGUCAAAAUUUGACAGGUGAGUUCAUGCGGAAAAUUUAUGCAGCAUCUUGAAAGUUGUUUACUUUGACAGAGUUUUGUGUCAACUUGUGAUGUUUUUAACUGUCUUUUUCCACUGGAUGUACAAAAUGAAAUACAGCUGCUAUCAAGAGUCUUCUGGUAUCCAUGGCUGGUUUGUUUAUUGGGUUUUUGGUUGAGAAAUGCGUCGCUUGUUAAAAUUGGGUAAUCCGAUUUCGGAUGGCAUCGUUUUCGUCUUUCACCUUGCUCAAUGCGUAAGAGGGUUUAAAAGUCUCAAGCAACUAUGGCCUUCCUUGAUAUCUUUCAGGAACUGAAUCUCGAAUGGUAAGCCUGAGUAAUUAUUGUAUUUGAUGUUUGUUUUUGUUAUAUCUAAUUUCAUGAAGUCGAGCACAGUUUAUGCGGCAAGUUUUUGCACGUUUGUUAAGAUUUGAGUCAAUGAUCUGAUCUAGUGUCAGGUUUGAUAUAAGCUUACAGGACUUUAAAAGGCCUUCAGAUUUUUUUUUCACGGCAAAUAGAAAACAAACGUUCCGAAGAAUAUUUAGUUAUAAAUUUGGCUGUAGAAAGAAAACUUUGAGUGAUUUUCUUGCUUCGAGGAGUUCAUCUUUGAAAAAAAAACAAACACCGGGAGGCCGGCUGAAAGUAAAACAAAAUAAACUUAAGCUUAAGCUUUAUUAAAGCUUAAAGACUCAGGAUUUUUAGAGACACUUUAAUACUUGUCUUCGUGAAUGAAAAUUGUUGUCUCUGUAAAUGUUUUACCGAAUUAUAUUUCUUUUAUUGAUUGUUAGUAGUCUCUCUUGCAAUUUUAAUCGCUUGUCCGUGGUGUUUGUUUUCAUCGUUUAUGAACAUCGCUUGCAGGAGUACAUAGAAAUGUCCCACGUAUCAAACGCUUUAUAAGAUUACACAUCGUUAUAGCUGGAACCAUUAAAUAACAAAAAGUAAUGAUAAUAAAUUCGUUAUUAUGUUGAGACGUAUCUCCAUUAAAGUUCAUUCAAACACUCGACCACACUGACAGCUCGCACUAAAAAUGAGAACCGGCUGGACGUAUGGGUGAUUUUGGCAAUUUUUUGAACGGUUUCGCUAAAAGCCCACGAUUGAUCGUCCUGGACAUUGAAAAAUUGUGAAAUGCCGUAUUCUGUCCGAGGUCUGUAUGAUAAAAAGUACUGUUUCACCUCAGAUGUGAUGUAUAAAAAGUAUAAAAGGUUGGUUUACACACCCUCAGAUUUGUUGGCAAGGAUUUGUAAAGUAAACCUGUCGAACGCAAAAAAAAUGCGGCCUGAUUUGUUUUCCAAGAAUUUGUUUUCGAGGCCUAAUCUACCGUGAUCAAGAGCCAUUAUGGCUCUUGAAUGUGAUAGAAGAUGUUUGCCAUUUUUUGGGUGUACAUAUAUUUAGGUUAUCAACUCGAUGUAAGAUCUUUCACUCUAAAAUAACUUAUCCUUUCCCUCAAAAGUCACAUGAAUGAGCCCUUAAGUUAACUGAUUUGUGGAUUACAAGUUCAUUGUUUGAUUUAAAAUAUAAAUUUAUUAAUGGGAGCUUCGCUUUUAGCCCUGGCUAAAUCUAUAUAUUAAACAAAGAAUUGGGCAUUAUUGGCAAUUAACUGAUUCCAAACAGCCGAUGAGCUUCUGAAAAUUUGGCAUAAUAUACUGGGUUUGAUUUAACACAAUAGAGAAGAGAAGUAUGACGUCACGUUACCAUGGUAGCAAAAUUUCUGGAUCACAACAAUAGACCUCUUUAGCUUGUAUGUUUUGUUUUCCUAAUACAGGUCAUGUGAUAACACUCUAGAGAGCUCUUUCUUUCAAACUUCGUCUUCUUCACGCGCAUAUCUGCGCAUAAUUUAUGGAAAGACAAAGGGUCAUGUUCCCCUGGGACCUAAUCUCCCUCGCAGCCGUUUUUUGGAUGUCAUGCAACGCUCCCCCAAAACAGCGUUGCGUGACAUCCUAAAAACGGCUGCGAGCAAGACUACCUGGGACCUUCAUUAGGAAAAAAAAACAUACAAGCUAAAGAGUUCUAUAAGGAGCUUAAGGAACGACGACGGUAACGACAACAAGAACGGCAAAAAAAGAAAUAGGUUUAGAUUGGCAGAACAACAACUUUGCAUGUGCAUCACACCUUUUCUUAGCCUUCGUUGCACAACUGCGACAUGAAUAUUCUUAAUUUCACGCGCCCUCUUUGUGGAGGUAGGUGAGAACACAACAAAAUUUCUUUUUCUAAACUUAGAUAUGGUCCUUUCGGAUUCAACCCCAGAAUAUUUCCCCAACAUCUGACAAAUGAAAUGAAACUAAUAAGGUCGAUGAAGUUUGAAACAAUGCGAAUCAGUCACUUUAUGUUUGCGGGUUUGUUUCUUAUCCAGAAAUUUGCUACCAUGGAAGCUUGAAGUAACGACUUCUCCUCUCUAUUUAACGCAAUUCUAAUAGUUUAACUCUUUAAAUGGAAAUUGGACCUUUUCCUUUAGUGAUUCAAAUGGAACGAACUGCAUAACUUCUCCUUCUUGCGGUGCUAAGUUUCCCGGUUAUCUUGACGGUGAUCAUCCGGCUGAUUUGAAAGUUGGAGAAAGUGUGAAGAGAACAGUGUGCUUCUCAGAUGAACGGAAUUGCUGCGUGAGGAGGCAGGAAAUAGAGAUCCUGAAAUGCAAAGACUUCUUCAUUUACAAGUUGCCGAAAGUUCCCCUCAGAAGAGCAAGAUAUUGUGGAAACAAAGGUAAGAUGCCGGGAAAUUUCUGAAUUAACUUAUCAUUCAAAUCAAAGGACCGCAAACGAAUAUGUCGCAGAAACUAGGAUCUAUAAUGACCUGAUCAGCAAAAAAAAACAAGUACAAAUAUUAAAUUCUGCAAGCAGAAUACUGCAAUGCUGAUCGUACCACGUGAAAAUUAACUUUGUAAGACAUCAACAAGACACCGAAACAGCUGCCUAUUGCUACAGUCCCGCUCUGUUUUCAGGGGCACCCAAUGGACCUGUUCCUCUUAAUAUCUGUUCAUCAGGCAAUUUUUUGCUGGCUGGGAUAUUUGGAAAAAAUAAUAUGUCCUUGGAAGGAAAGUGAAAGUGUUACUGGGAAAUAGACAAUUCAGGGUGUCUGAGGGGAUUUGGUUCUUUGGUGUCUCGAAUAGCUGGUAUUUGCUAUAUGUCACUGACGGGCUGAAUUUUUCCCUAUGACCAUACCCAAACUGGCCAGUAACUUCUAGACAUACGAUUGCUGGAAAAACGUCCCAGUAAGUCAGUUUGCAGGUUGUAGGCGCACCUUGCUGGCUGGGAACUCUUCCAUCAGUCUAGCUGGGAGUGAGGAACAGAUAAAUCAUUUUCCCAGCAAUCUCUCAAAAUGCUUAUAAUGAUUUCAGAAAGCUUUGUUCAUGCUUUAUUGUUGUGCUUAGGUCUAUUUCUCAAAACUUCCCGUUGGGUGCCCUGUGUUUUGGGUUCUUUUGGUGUCGUGUUGAUGUCUUGCAAAGUUAAUUUUCACGGAGUACGAUCAAGAUUGCAGUAUUUUGCUUACGGAGCUUAAUAGGUCUAUUCAAAUUGUAGUUAAUUAUAAUAAUUUUCUUUAUGUUUAAGGUCAAAAGGAACCUGAAAAGUGCGACGAAAAGGAACUGCUGUUUGGUGAGACAUAAAUUAAAAAAAAUAAAAAUAAUAAAAAUAAUUUUUGUGCAUUUUCGAACACAGCACUUAUUAAAUACAUCAUGUAGUGUUGACUUUUUUGCUGUCCCUCGAAACGAUCCGAAGAAAUUCACACUCAUUCCCGUGAGGUAAAGCGCCCAAUAAGCGUGAUCCAGUAAGCCAAUGAGAAAGCUAGAAAUGUAUUUUACAAAGUAUCCCUCUAUUGCAAAUGGAAGUAAGAAACCUACCGAUGCAGAGCCCAAUUCUAGACUUUACACCUUUGAUCAUAUGCUUAAGGCUUAUCUCCCGAAUUGUAUGCUAAUUUGUAGGACUGUCCAAGAAAUACGCUGCCAAAUCAUGUAAGGACAUUCAAGAGAAACGUCAAGACGCCCCGUCUGGUGUAUACUGGAUUCAACCCGAUGGUGAUAACCCGGUCCAAGUUUACUGCGAUCAGGAAACAGACGGUGGCGGCUGGACACUAGUGUACAGCUACACCUUCACAAACUUUAAGUAA